GCUGAGUCUGCCACGUUGCUGUAGACACCGGUUCACACCGCUAGGGAUUGAAGCCUUGAAAGCCCGGGCUGCGGCUCACCGGCGUCUAUCCAUCUGACAAAGGGCGCUGAUGCCUUAAAUUUAACGGGAAAAUAAACUAAACGGGCGCUUCCAGUCGGUUUAAAGCUUUGUUUGGAGUCGAGAUGCUGACGGACGUGAUAGUAGAGGAGGACUUUGAUCGCAAUGAUGAGGAGCUGUGGUACAGCAGGAAGGAUCUGGAGCAUGAUCUCCAUUUGGCUGCUGAGCUGGGCAAGACUUUGCUGGACAGGAACCAUGAGCUGGAGCAGGGCCUUCAGCAGAUGUACUCCACCAAUCAUGAACAGCUGCAGGAGAUUGAGUACCUGACCAAGCAGGUGGAUCUCCUGAGGCAGAUGAAUGACCAGCACGCUAAAGUUUAUGAGCAGCUGGACUUAGCGGCACGAGACCUGGAGAAAAGCAACCAAAGGCUGGUGCUGGAUAACCGCACUGCCCAGCACAGGAUCCAGAGUCUAACUGAGACCAUAGAUGGGUUGCAAACUCACAUGGAGGGCCUUCAGAAGCAGGUGGACGAACUGAAGAUGUCUCAGUCCAAGCGAGAUCUCGCAGCUGUGCGCCGCAGCCUUGGUGCCCAAAGCAUGUCUUGUCUGAAAGAAAUCUAUGAUCUGCAACAAGACAAGUGCUUGAGUUCAGAGAGCCUGCAUGAAGAGAAGUCAUGGCCUGCGCUGGAUGACCGACGCAUGGAGGAGGAGGAGACCUCCACCCUGCAGCACACCCUCCACAACCUCAAGCUACAGCUGGCGUCCGAGCGAGCCCGACGGGUAGAGGCCGAGCGUGAGACGGAGCUGACGAUGCAAGAAAACAGCGCACUGGAAGAGCGGCUGAGUCUGCUGGAGGGAGCGCGCCGUCGGCAGGCUGAGUUGGAGGCCGAGGUGGAGGAGCUGCGGCAGCUGUGGCGCUCUGAGUCGUCCAGUGCAAGACUGGCAGAUGCGCUGCUGCCCGACAAUGUCUUCUUUGGUGUGGAGGAAAGGGUGAGGGCGGGGCAAGAGGAGGAAGAUGGGCUGGAGGCGGAGUUUCCUCAGGGAAGGCGGCGCUGCAGCAGCGAGAGCUACGUCCGAGGCGCUCGAGCCGAGGAUAUCCGGCGCGGACACGAGCGCACAUGCAUCCGCCGAGCCCAAGCGGUGAAGCAGCGCGGCAUCUCGCUGCUCAACGAGGUGGACGCGCAGUACAGCGCACUACAGGUCAAGUACGAAGAGCUGCUCCGCCGCUGCCAGCAGGGGGCAGACAGCCUCAGCCACAAGGCUGUGCAGACGCCCACAGUCCAAGCGCAACGCCGCAGGAGUCAGGCUGCCACAACAACAGAGACCGUCUGCCUCACAGACGAGCUCCAUCAACCAGAAUACAAGGCCCUCUUUAAAGAGAUCUUCACCUGCAUUCAGAAAACCAAAGAGGACCUGAGUGAGAACAGGCCCGGGCAGAGCUGGCAGUAUUAUACAUCUUCAGUGUAGUCAUCUGGGGCUUUGCACUUCCAUAUGUGAUUUGAAGGACGUGUCAACAGAUUUAAUAGUCUUUGUUUGUAUGUGUUGAUUGCACUAUAACACCUGUGCCUAUACACAAAAUACAACACCAAACCGUCCACAUCCACAACCUGCAACUGCAGAAUACAGGCCUAAAGGGUGUUUUUGUACUUUUAUAAGUCUUAUUCCAGUGUAUAAGUCUUAUUCCAGUGAUUUGACACAUGUGGACCUCUGCGAUACAGCCAUACCUGACGCCUGAGUGCAUCUGUGCUUUGGGUUUGCCAGCACCUCUUGAAUUCGUAGAACCACGUCUUUGUAGACUUAAAAACUUCAACGUCCAAUGUUUAGAAGCUAGACUAAAUUGUUAUUACUAACCACUAACACAGAUAAUGAGCUAACUUAAUGUAAAUGCCAUGCCUGAUAGGGUGAGUCUCACAAAAAGAGAGGGAGAAGUUUCACUCCAGAAUCUAAAUGAAUAAAUUAUAUUGUAAAUUAAGCCUGUUUUUAGAGGACGUUUUCAUGACAAUUAAGCACCAUUUCUAUAAUAAAAAAAAACCUCAUUCUCAGAAAAAUAUUUAUACAUCAAAGUAAUAUUUGUUGUGCUAAUUUCAGCUAAAUUAUAGUAAUGAAACCAGGGGCUUAAUAGGCUUAAUUUCCUCUCCUGGAAAUGCCUCUCCUUUUCCUUUUUAAAUGUAGCCCAGAUGUUUUCGUGAGAUUCAUCUGAUAAACUUUAAAAACAUAAAAAAACAAAAAUGAUUUAAGGAAAUUCAGUAGGACAAUAUGUAGCCAUAUAUUUUGAGUGUCUAGAAAUUUCACAAGCAAUAUUCAGUUUUUUAAAGAAAAUACUGCAUGUGAUUUCAAUGACGUUACUGAAAUUUCUUGUAUUUGAGCAAUACAAUUUGCUGCUUUUAUAAAUUGUCUGGUUAAGAGUUUACCUCAAUGGUUUGAUGUGCUAGCAAAAUAGUUAGAAUUAGCUCAUGUAAAUGUAAACAAUAUGCUUGAAAUUCUCACGUGAAUUUGUGUGUAUAGUUUGUUUAACGCAAAUCAUAAUUAAAUGUUUGGCAGACACACUCGCUCAAGUUCUAGCACUUUGUUUUGACGUUCAUGUAAACACCACUGUGAAACUAUGCACUUUAGACAGGCCUACGGUCAGUUUUGUUUUGUUUUACUUCUAUUUUUAUUUAAUUUUUUUUUUUUUAUUCGUUAUUGUAGUUCAGAGAUUUUAUUUAUUUUCUUGUUUGGUAUUCAUUCCGUUUUUCAAUUUUAUCUCGCCUGUGGGUUUAGGUCAACAUUUGAAUGUUAACAAUGUCUUGAUGGAGAUGAAAAUGUUGGAAAUGUACCGAAUGAGGGUGUUUUGUUUCGAGGAUUGAAGGCUAUUGAACAGAUGCUUUGACUGAGUUACUUAAAUGUUACACCAGCACAAAGUAGGACAUUUUAUGAUGUAAGUAGUUUUCUGCUCAGUGUGGUUUAACAGUUGGUCUAACAAUACCUAAUUAUUACCGGCUUAUGUGUUUGAUAACUGUUGUAUUUCAAAACGCCAAACAUGUGCUACUUAAUUCUUAAUCAGGAUCUAUGUUCAUUUUGUAACAUUUUGAAGUUGUUAAAUGCCUUGAGUUUGAGAUGACAGUAUUAGCAGGCUUUUUGGAGCAAUGUAUUGCAUAGAUGUCUAGGAAAGUGACAGACGGAUAGAUAUAUGACUGAUGUCUUCAUUAGCAGGCAGAGAAAACAAAUGUUCAUAGAUGAUUCGUUCCUGACAAAGAAAAAAAUAUUUGAAUAUUGUCAUGAGGAAGAAAAAAUAUACUGUGGUGUUUUACAUUUCUGAACUUAUUGCUUCAUUUCAGUGUUUAGGAAAAUGGUGCUACUGUAUCGCAGCUACAAAAGUUUGCCGCAAAAGUUUUCGCUUUCAAAUGGCAGCCAAACUUUUGCAGAAUGAUAUGCUUGUUGUUUAGCGUUGUGUUAGAAGGCUACAGUGCGCAUGAUCAGAUGUUAGUGUGCAGCAGAAAUAUAGGUCUUGAGAGGUGCUCGAGAGAGAAAAAAAUUAGUUUGACUUCAGCAGUGUUCCUCAAUGUAAAAAUAGUACAAUGACCCAAUUUUAAUCUUAAAUGCAGACCAAAUAACUUGUCUGUAAAUAAUUUUCUAACAUUUACUUGCAGAUAAAACAAUCAAUUUGUGAUAACCACAUGAAAAUUGUUUAGAUUUUUGAAAGCGUACAAAAUUGAAUCUGUUACCUCUUCCGUCCUGAGUUGAUGAUUGUUUCAGCAUAAAUGCAUAAAUCUGGAAUUGGAGUUCAUUGUUUUUAGUAAAAGACUUUAGUUUUUUACAUUAUUUAUUACUGUUGUCAACUGCUUAUAAAGAUUAUAAAAUUUGACAUGCUUGAAGGAAUGCACAAUCUGAUUAUUACUGGUGCUGAAUAUGCAAUAGACUAGACCAAUGCCUUUCUAAAGAUCUGUGAUCUGUGUAUGUAUAAUGGCAUGACUAACAAUUUACUUGGGUUACAAAAUAUCCAGUAGCCUAAAUAAAACUCUAUGAAUGAA